GGGCUAAGGCCCAAUCAAAAUGGUUGAUUUGAUAUCAUUUUUCCUGGGUUAGAAUCGAACCUUUGGUAGCUAGCGUCGAUGUUCCUGCUUCUUUGGUUAGUCAGUCAAGCUCUGUCUUCUUCUUAUGGAUGUUUUCGUUGAAGUUCAUGUUUCAAUGUCAAACCCCAGUAGUUUUUAAAUCUAUGUUCCCAUUCUCGUAUACAAGUUUAUUCAUUCUAGAACGAUGAGAAGCGUUGGUUUUGCAGCCACACCUACUCAGCUCAUGCUCGACAAACAAAGAAAAACACUUCCUUUUUCAAGGAUCUUUUUGUUGUGUUGAUUGAAGAACGAGUUUUUAUCUCACAAAUGGAGAAGAAAUUAGCUAUUUUGAUUGGGGUUUUACUGACAUUACAUGUGGCUCAGUUCUUUGGUGCUGAUUUGCAGGUAAAAGCCAAUAAAACAACAGAUGGAGAAUUGACAACCUCAUUAGAUUCAGAAAGUAGUGGAGAUUCAAAUGGUGAAAGAGUUGGUUUGAGUUCGAUUUCGGAUCAAACUAAGAGGAAGAAAGUAAAGAUAGGAGAAGAGCAAGAAGGUGGAGGAAAGGGGGGUGGAAGGAAUGGCUCAGGUAAGGCCAAAUCGAAUAAACCGAAGAACUCGAGGAAUGAUGAAAUUGUGCAGAAGGGUAAUGAGGGAUCAGCUGGUGAGAAUGGUAUGGAGGUAGAUGGCACGGUUGUUGGACCAAAGAAAGAGCCUCAGCAUGCUGAAAAUAAAGGACAUUUGAAGGCGGGUGUCAAAUUGGACAAAGAUAGGAGAAAAUCAGGUGAAGAAGAGGCUAAAAAACCUCACAAUGUGGAAAAGGGAAAGGAGAAUUCAGGUGAAGGGAACAAGAAGGAUGAUGAGAUUGUUAAACCAAAAGAGAUGCCUGAGAAUAGGGAAGAAAAUGGGGGUGUAAAAGAUGAUGGGAUUAAGAAGAGCAAUUUGGAUAGGGAAGAGGGAACAGGAGGAUCAAGUAGCGGGAAGCAUGAUAAGCAAGGUGUCGGUGUUGGAAAUUUGAAAUUGCCCGAGGAGACUACGGGAAAUAGUGGCGAUGAAUGUUAUUUUUCUAUUAAGUGCACUGAUGCGGAGAACCAAUUGAUUGCCUGUUUGAGAGUUCCCGGAAAUGAAUCUCCCCAUCUUUCACUUCUAAUCCAGAACAAAGGCAACAACUCUCUUACAGUUGACAUUUCAGCUCCUGAUUUUGUUCAGCUAGACAGUACAAAAGUUCAACUUAAAGAGAAGGAAAACAAAAAGGUUGAGGUCUCUAUUGGAAAUGGAGGAACUGACAGCCUGAUUACCUUAACAGCAGGCAAUCGCAUUUGCAACCUUGACUUCAAGGAUCUGAUCGCACAGAAUUCCUCUCCGAAAUUCGCAUACCUAGGCCUUCCCACACAAAGACCCACCAUUGCAUUUAUGUCCUUUGCUGCUCUGCUAAUAAUGGUUGCAGCUUGGUUGUUUGUUAGCUUCCGGCGGAGGAAGCUGCUUUCAAUUGGUGGCUUCACAUAUCAGAAGUUAGAUGUUGGACUACCGGUUUCUGUUGGUGGAAAGCAGAAGUUGACCGACAAUGAGGGAUGGGACGAGGGCUGGGGUGAUGACUGGAAUGAUGAGGAGACACCGAGGACGCCAUCGAGGCCUUCUCCGAGUCUCUCUUCUUCAAAACGCCUUCCCUCUAGAAGGUUGAGUAAGGAAACUUGGAAAGACUAGUUUGCCUCUUUGCCAUUCAUAUAGAAAAUCCUUGAUAGCUCAAAUAUAUAUGCAUUUACCUUUAGUUUUCUUUUAGUUCUUGGUGUUUUUAUACAAGAACUCUAUUUUUCUUUACAAUUAUUCACUUUGUAACACAUGCUUCAUUAUGAUAUUUGGCCCGAACCUACUGUAUAUGAACAGUCUACGACUUUUUGGUUGACUUUUGAUACCCUUUUAUUUUGAUCUCUUUUGGUUGGAAGACCUUCCAUUCGAGUUUAUUGAAGUUAGUUUUUUUUAAUCUCCUUUCCAUGUAACAAGAUAGAUAUUCAUUAAUCAAUAACAACCGUUUUUGAUGUUUUGGUUUAGUCA